AUGAAGGCACACUUUUUAUCUCAUGUUGAAUAUUGUUUAAUUUCAUGCCAAGACCAAUUGAAAGUAAAAUUUAUUCCUGAAGCAAGUGAACGGUUUGUUUUAGGAUCACCAAGUUCAUAUGGUCAUAUUAGUGCUGUUCUUUCAGUCUAUGGUGAUUUAGUAUAUGAAGCUGACUUGAAUGUUCAUCGUACAAACACAUCAACAUCAUAUCAUUCUAUUAUAAAAGACAAUCACGGAUCACCGUAUAAAUUACAACAGAUACAAGAUUGUUUAAAUUAUGUCACAAAAUCCCUUGAAAAAAUAAAAUCUGCAGAAAUUUCCACAAGUGUAAAUGAUCUACCUGAAAGUCAAUCGUUUUUAUUCGAAUUAUUCUCCUACAUUCGAGAUGCUAAAGAUUGUUUAACACAACCACCGCGUAAAACUAUUGAAGAGCACCUGGCCAAUCCUAGUCGGAGAUGUUUUUAUCCACCUAUACCGAAAGAUAUUGUCUUAAGCAUAUUUAUACGUGGCUGUUCAUUAGUAUUUGCAGCAUAUAAUUUAGUUUACAAUAGUUUGGAUAAGCGAUGGGAAGUUUUAAAUCGAUCAAGUAUUGAAUGUGUGAUACCAAGACUCCAGGAGACUUUAUCUUAUUUAGAUGCAGCUAUGAACACCUUAAUGUAUCUAAUGAAUAAACGUAACAUUUUAUAA